GAGUUGCGCACGGACUGACGUAGCCAGAGUAGGACGGCCACGACGGCGUGGAGAAGGAAGAAGGAAGGCAGUUUGGCAGAUGCAAUUGCACAAGCUGUGAAGAGACAAAGGCAUCGGUCACGACUAUCUUGAGCAGAUCCAGAAAUGCCAUCCACAAUCGCAGCUUGCAAGUUCAUAGGCACAACGAGUCUGGGCCUCUUCACGGGCGUCUCGUACUCGCUGGCCGCCUUGUCUAUACCAUCUCUGCUGGCCCUCCCCUCGGCAAAGCCCGCCCAGCAUGUCUUUAUCUCGUUGAAACAAUCUGCUUCGCUACACCUACGCUCUCUCGCCGCCGUCUCUUUCCUCACCUUGAACCUCGCCUACGCACUCUCGCCAGCUCGUGCCAGACACCCGUACCUGCUCUGGACAUCUUUGGUUGCAGGCCUUGCCGCUGCCUCGGACCUUGUCCCCGGCCAGUCUCUUCUUUCCCAAGACCAAGACGACGUCAAUGGCGAAACGGUCGAAAGGGCCGUCAGGGCUUCGCAGAGGCUUGAGCAAGCGAGGGCCGCUGUUGGCUUGCUAGGCUUUACAAUGGCUCUUGUUGGAAUCUGGGGCGAUGGUGCUUGACGCGGUGCUUCAUGUCUUCUGUCACGACCGCUUGCAAGGACCUCCAUCAUAUCGUAGCCCCCAGCAUCCAAGUUCUUGUAAGCUUUGGGACGAAAUGUACGCAUCAUUCAUCCAUCUGCGUAUGCAGAGAAGCCUGUAUCGAUUCCACCAUUUCAACCUUCGAACAUCACCACCGUAUGAAUCAACACCAUUGC